AUGGUCAGGACAGCUUCCUUCAAGCUAGUGCUCCUCGGCGAGUCAGCCGUUGGCAAGAGCUCCCUCGUGCUCCGCUUUGUCCGUAACGAGUUCUCAGACUUCCGGGAAUCCACCAUCGCCGCCUUCCUUACUCUGACUGUCCCUCUUGACAGCUCGACUAACAUCAAGUUUGAGAUCUGGGACACCGCAGGACAGGAGCGUUACAAAUCGCUCGCCCCUAUCUACUUCCGUAACGCGAACGCUGCCGUCAUUCCCCCAGAGGGAUCGUUCGACAAGGCCAAGGCAUGGGUGCGUGAGCUCAAACGCCAGGCCGAUCCGUCAAUCAUUAUCAUGCUCGUCGGCAAUAAGGUCGACUUGGCGUCGCAGCGCAAGGUGCCGCGUGAGCUGGCGGCCGAAUUCGCGCGUGAUGAGGAACUGCUCUUCGCUGAGGCGAGCGCGAAGACGGGUGAAGGGGUUGAGGACUUCUUCAUGGAGAUUGCGCACAAGCUUCCUUUGGCGCCGGCCAAGGCCGGUGGCACUGCCGGCGUCAAGGUCAACAAGAAGCCGGCAGAAGAGGCCGCACCCAGCGCGUGCACCUGCUAA